AUGCCAGCCAGAACCUCUUCUUCUUCUACCAAGUCAAUCAUCAAAUCCCGUGGAAUCAAAGGAAUCGAGAAGAAGCUCACUGCCAGUCAAUACGUCGGAAAGUAUACCGAAAUGCUGUUGCUUGGAGUCAGAAGAACCUACGCUCUCGAACGGUUGAUCGAUGCUGAUUGUCCAGUUCGCGCCUUCGAAGAAAAUCUCACGGAGAAGGUUCUAGAGAAACACAUCGCUCCAUUAGGAAUGUACACCUACCAUCUCAACAAAUUGGCUGAGAAAUUCGCUGAAAUCAGAAGGAAGGACCUGAUCAACACUCAACGGAAAUUGGCAAAAUCGAGAGAAUGCAAUGCUUACAUUGAAAAUCAAAAGAUGAUUCUGGAACAGAAGACUCAAGAAGAAGUCAACGAAUUGUUUACUGCUGCCAUGGGAUCUACUCGUGCUCCAAAGAAGACGUCAAUGAAACCAGACUACUCCAAGUACCGUAUCGUCAAGAGAUCCAAGUCUUCAACAUCUUCAACACCAACAUCAUCAUCUUCUUCUUCGUCUUCUUCUCCAACGUCUCAAUAA